AAAUAUCAAUUAUUCAAAUAAGGAGAGAGUAUGAAAUAUAGUGAAAUGAAAAAGUACAACUUCUAGUAAUAUCACACAUGAAUUAACAGCUUCCAUUAGGCUUUUCUUUGAUAGACAGAGAGAGAGGGGCUGCUGGAAAGAUCAAUUUGGGCUCUAGAAUUUUAUAAAAUACAAAAUUAGGUCCAUGAAGUUGGACUCAGUCUCAGCCUCAACCGCUUUAGAGCAUGAUUAACCCGGAUUCUUAAUUUGGGAUUCUUAACUCAUGAUUUGACACUUUUUUUUUUACUUUUCGGCUAAGAACUGGCUCAUAUCUCUUAUUUAAGAGAGGGUUUUUAGUUUUUUUAGUUAAAAGUUAAGAAACGGUUCUUAACCGAAACUAAGAAUCCCACCCAUCCGGGUUAAGAAACUCAUAAAAGUCUGUAGUUUGAUGGGAAAAGCAGCAGCAGCAGCAGAAAAUCAUCAUGGAUCUUUCCUCCUCUACUAUCAAUUCACAUGACCAUGGCGAUGAACAUCACCAGAAGAUGAUAUUUUCCGCAGCUAUGGCUUUCACCCUAUUUGUCCUAUCCCCACCGUUUAUUUGUCUCACUCCGCUUUAGAUCUCGCCGCAUCUAAGGUUUCAUCUCUAUGCUCUAACAAGGGAGGCAAAGAUUGUGAGCCUAGGACCAAAUGAAACCACCAAAGAGGACAACUAGGGCGAAGGAGGAGGAUGUUGUGCAAUCUCCGCCUUCUAUGCUCCAAUGGUGGCGUAGAUGGACGGUGUUGGUGGCGGCCAUCUGGAUUCAAGCCUUCACGGGCACCAACUUCGAUUUCUCCGCCUACUCCUCCGACAUGAAGUCGUCCAUGGGCGUUUCUCAGUCGCGCCUCAACUACAUGGCUGUCGCUUCUGAUUUAGGCAAAGCAUUGGGCUGGUCUUCCGGUUUCGCCGUUGCCUAUUUCCCUGUCUCCGCCGUCCUAUUCUCCGCCGCUGCUAUGGGUCUUGUCGGCUACGGCGUCCAGUGGUUAUCCAUCGCGGCCGACGUCAUCGAUCUCCCCUACUCUCUGGUUCUGGUAUGCUGCUCGUUAGCUGGAUUAAGCAUCUGCUGGUUCAACACCGUCUGCUUCGUCCUCUGCGUUCGACACUUUGAAUCCAACCAUUCCCUCGCCUUGUCUCUCGUCGUGAGUUUCAAUGGGAUCAGUGCUGCCUUGUACACGCUUGGCCAUGAAGUCAUCAGUGGGAAAUCAUCAGCAAGCUCUGACAUCUACCUUCUCCUUAACUCUCUCAUCCCUUUAUUCGUCUCUCUUUUAGCCCUCUGGCCUGUCCUUACUAACCCUAACUCCUCUGAAUCCCAUGCUAGUAACCGGACCCGUGAUGAAACCCGAAUCUUCAUCGUCUUCAAUGUCUUAGCCCUAAUCACAUGCUUUUACCUUCUCUUGCCUUCCUUAGACACCUACUUGGCUUCAUCACCUCUUUGGCAUUUCCUCGGUGCCAUUUGCCUUCUCCUUUUCCCAUUGUGCGUCCCCUUUCUCGACUAUAUUUACCGUGCUCUCCCCUCCUAUUUCCACCAUCACAGCUCUGGCUAUGCGGUGGUUAACAUAGAGGAGCCCAAGAUCCCAAAAAGCGGGCGCUUGGACCAUGAGGAGAUUAAAUCAUAUGAUGAAUGUAAUACAGUGGGACGCUUAGGAGAUGAACACUCUCUUGGAAUGUUGGUUCGUAGCCUGGAGUUUUGGCUAUACUACUUAGCGUAUUUCUGCGGGGGGACCAUUGGUCUUGUCUACAGCAACAACUUAGGUCAGAUCGCUCAGUCUCUAGGACAGAGCAGCUCAAACGCAAAAUCCUUAGUGACACUCUUCUCUGCCUUCUCCUUUUUGGGAAGGUUGCUCUCCUCUGCACCUGACUUCACACGCAAGAAACUAGACUACCUGACAAGAACAGGCUGGUUCACCAUUUCGCUGCUUCCAACACCUUUGGCCUUCUUCAUCCUCGCGUAUUCAUCCAAGACCGCGCUGCUACAGGUUGCGACCGCACUUAUAGGGUUAAGUUCAGGGUUUGUUUUCGCGGCAGCGGUUUCAGUAACUUCCGACCUCUUUGGACGCAACAGCGUUGGUGUAAACCAGAACAUACUCAUCACAAACAUUCCCAUCGGAUCGCUCUUCUACGGAUACAUGGCUGGUUCUGUCUAUGACAAGCACGCAACACCAUCUGUCGUGUCGGACACGCUUGUUUGCGUGGGAAGAAGGUGUUAUUUUGCAACGUUCUUGUUUUGGGGUUGUUUGUCUGUUGUUGGAUUAGUAUGUAGCUUGAUACUGUUUAUUAGAACCAGACCAGUUUACCACCGGUUAGCACAAAACCGAUAUUAAACCGGUGUAGUAUCAGGCUGCUUUUAGAUUGAUGGGAUGUUGUAAAAAUGCUCUAUUUUCUUAAAGAAUGACAACAGAUUUUUACAUUUAA